AUGCACUUACCCCCAUCGCUUUCCAGCACUGCCCAGCUGACGAAAAGCCUAGCCACGUUGUGAAAACGCCGACGAAACGCGAGAGAAUCGAAGCUAAUCCGCCACUGGAACUGAAAUAAAGCGUAGCUAAAAUGGUGCUGGAUCUGGAUCUGUUUCGCAGCGACAAGGGCGGCAACCCGGACCUCGUGCGCGAAAAUCAAAAGAAGCGCUUCAAGGAUGUGGCGCUGGUGGAGACUGUGAUUGCCAAGGAUACGGAGUGGCGUCAGUGCCGCCACCGUGCCGACAACCUGAACAAGGUGAAGAACGUCUGCAGCAAGGUGAUCGGCGAGAAGAUGAAGAAGAAGGAGCCGGUGGGUGCCAUGAGCGAGGACCUGCCCGCAGACGUGACUAAGGAUCUCACCGAAAUUGUGGCCGAGACACUGCAGCCGUUGACCGUCAACCAGAUCAAGCAGCUGCGCGUGCUCAUCGACGACGCAAUGACAGAGAACCAGAAGUCGCUGGAGCUUGCCGAGCAGACAAGGAACACCUCACUGCGGGAGGUGGGCAACCACCUGCACGAGUCCGUGCCUGUGUCUAACGACGAGGACGAGAACCGCGUGGAGCGCACCUUUGGCGACUGUGAAAAGCGCGGCAAGUACUCGCAUGUGGACCUCAUCGUGAUGAUCGACGGCAUGAAUGCGGAGAAAGGAGCCGUGGUAUCCGGCGGACGUGGUUACUUCCUUACCGGAGCCGCAGUCUUCUUGGAGCAGGCUCUCAUCCAGCACGCCCUGCACCUGCUGUACGCCCGUGACUACGUUCCCCUGUACACGCCCUUCUUCAUGCGGAAGGAGGUAAUGCAGGAGGUGGCCCAGCUGUCACAGUUCGACGAGGAGCUCUACAAGGUGGUGGGCAAGGGCAGCGAGAAGGCCGAGGAGGUGGGCAUCGAUGAGAAGUACCUGAUCGCCACCUCAGAGCAGCCCAUCGCCGCCUAUCAUCGCGAUGAAUGGCUGCCGGAGGCUUCGCUGCCCAUUAAGUAUGCUGGUCUGUCCACCUGCUUCCGCCAGGAAGUUGGCUCGCACGGACGCGACACUCGCGGCAUUUUCCGCGUCCACCAGUUCGAGAAGGUGGAGCAGUUCGUACUGACCUCCCCACACGACAACAAGUCGUGGGAGAUGAUGGACGAGAUGAUCGGGAAUGCGGAGCAGUUCUGCCAGUCGCUGGGCAUUCCAUAUCGCGUUGUUAACAUCGUUUCCGGUGCCCUCAACCAUGCAGCCUCCAAGAAACUGGAUCUCGAGGCCUGGUUCGGCGGCAGCGGCGCUUACAGGGAACUUGUCUCGUGCUCUAACUGCUUGGACUACCAGGCCCGUCGUCUGCUCGUCCGUUUCGGCCAGACCAAGAAGAUGAACGCCGCCGUCGACUAUGUGCACAUGCUGAACGCCACGAUGUGUGCAGCCACUCGCGUCAUCUGCGCCAUCCUGGAGACCCAUCAGACAGAGACGGGCAUCAAGGUGCCGGAGCCAUUGAAGAAGUACAUGCCGGCGAAGUUCCAGGAUGAGAUUCCGUUCGUCAAGCCCGCUCCCAUUGAUCUGGAGUUGGCUGCCGCCGAGAAGCAGAAAGGCAAAAAGGAGAAAACCAAGAAGGACCCGGCCGCCGGUUAAGCCUAAAGUUCACAUCAAUUACUACGAAAUAUACUGCAAAACUAAGCUUGCAAAGUCCACAAAAUUUUUGUUACUUAUCGACUUAUCUAAUAUUUAUGGCAUUUAUAGAAACUAUAACGAUUAAACUGGAUCAAGCUGUGCUUUGAAUGCAA